CAGUGACUUGUUAUCUUCCAAUUAUGUGGAGAUUCACUAUGAAGAUGGAAAACAGAAGUUUUCUAAGGGUGGAGAACAUUGUUACUACCAUGGAAAUAUCAGAGGUAUCAAGGAUUCCAAGGUCGCACUUUCAACUUGUAAUGGUCUUCAUGGCAUGUUUGAAGAUAAUACUUAUUUAUACUUGAUAGAACCGAUGGAUCUGACCCACAGUACAGAAAGUAAAAGCAGGCCACAUAUCAUCCAAAGAACUUAUGGAACACAAGCCUCCAAGCAGUUGCAAGACUUUGAGACUGAAUCCAGUUCUGAAUGGCCCUUUCUGUCUGAACUACAGUGGCUGAGGAGAAAGAGAAGAAAGAGAGCAGUAUCUCGUGGUAUCUUUGAAGAAAUGAAGUAUCUGGAGCUCAUGAUAGUCAAUGACAAUAAAAUGUUCAGAAAGUACCGUUCUUCAAAUAUGUAUACAAAUAAUUUUGCGAAGUCUGUGGUAAACCUUAUAGAUGCUAUAUACAAGGAACAGCUGAACACCAGGGUUGUUCUUGUUGCUGUGGAAACUUGGACUGAAAAAGAUCAUAUUAAUAUUCACCCUGACCCUCUGCAGAUGCUUCAUGAUUUCUCCAAAUACCGACAGCACUACAUCAAACAGCAUGCUGAUGCUGUGCACCUGCUCUCGAAUGUGACGUUUCAUUACAAAAGGAGCAGCUUAAGUUACUUUGGAGGGGUUUGUUCUGUGACCAGAGGAGUAGGAGUGAAUGAGUAUGGCCUUCCUUUGGCCAUGGCACAGGAACUAGCACAAAGUCUUGCUCAGAACCUUGGAAUACAAUGGGAGCCAGCUGCCAGGAAGCCGA